AUGAUGAUGAAAAGCGCUUUCACAGCCUCUGCUCCAGCUUCUCAGCUUCAACAACAAAUUGGUAUUUGUGUAUUAAGGAGAUUGGAAUGUCAAAGGGAAGAUGUGGAAUCAAAGCUUGUGGUCAAUAUGGAGGGAUUCUUAGAGAUUGCAAAACAUAUAUAUGUCCAAUCCCCAAACGCUUUCACAGCUUCUGCUCCUGCUUUUCAGGUUCAACGACAAAUGGAUAUUUGUAACUUUCCCCAUUCUCCUACCCUAUUUACGCCAGCGGAUUCAUUUACUGAAUUUUCUUUGACUGAUUGGAUGAGAGUACUGGGUGCGGUACCUGUAACAGCAGGCAAUCUUUACAAAUUGCAGUCGGAAAAAUCACACGUGCUUCUUUAUCCUGGAGGUGCACGCGAGGCCCUUUAUUACAGGUCAGAUUCAGUUGAAGAAUCAGAGUGGGAUCAGGACAAUAUUGGCAUUGACAGGCAAGCAGGAAAAGAACCGGACCAGAUAUAG